UAAACAACACAGUUAUUUCGUUCAAACUUGGAAGUUUCCGUUGAAGUUGACAGCAAUUUUCAAAAAUGGGAGGAUCCCCCUCUUUCCCCCGGGAAACACUGAGAUCUGGUAUGGUCGUUGUUGUCACUGGAGGAAACGCAGGAAUCGGAUAUGAAACAGCAAAAUGGAUUGCUAUGAUGGGGGCACAUGUCAUCAUUGCAUGUAGAUCAAAGGAACGUGCAAUGCAGGCCAUAACUAAAAUGAAAGCUGACUUCGAGGAGGAGAAACAGAAGGGGACCACGGGUUUAACUUCUGAGGAACUGUCAUUAGAGUUUAUGGAGCUAGACCUGUCCUCACUGAAAUCUACACAGAAGUUUAUUGAGGAGUUUAAGGCAUCGGGUAAACCACUCCACGUCCUUCUGUGCAAUGCCGGACUGGGCAUGCUCCCUUUAGCAUAUACGGAAGACGGAAACGAAAUGAUGUUUCAAGUCAAUUACCUCGGACAUUUCUUGAUUGUGGUGAAACUCCUCCCCAUCCUGUUUAAGAGUGGUCCGGAUUGUCGCAUCGUCCUGGUGUCCAGUGUGGCCCAUAAAUGGACGUCCUUCAACCUCGACAAGAUACAGGCCAAACAGUACAAUGAGGGGAAUUUUGACCGUGCCGAUUACUACUACAGAUCAAAACUUUAUCAGGUGAUGCAGAUGUACAGCUUAAAUAGACGAAUCGACCAAUCGAAUGUCACCGUCAACUCGUUACAUCCGGGAGUUGUGGACUCCGGGUUCACGCAAUCUUUUACUGACGACUUUUUAUGGACUUGGAAAUAUAAAUUUGCAAAAUUGCUAGGUGUGUCUAUCACUCCAUACCAAGGCGCCAUAACCAGUAUCGACACCGCCAUCAACCCUAAACACGCUGGUACGAGAGAUUUAUAUUUCGACAAGUGCGCCCCUGACAACCCCUCCUCUGAAGCGAGAAACGUUGAACACCAAGAAGAACUUUGGACGUUUAGUCUGAAAUGUCUGGAAAGCUAUCUUACGGAAGAAGAUUUACAAAAUAUUUGGCGAAUGUGUUUCCGAUUAACGCGAUCCGAUCCGAACUGUGUCGUGGUGUUAGUCGUGAUCAUGUUUUCUUCCAAAAUUUUAUGUCUCUUCAUUCUUAUUGUUCAAAAACUGAAUCAUGUAAGAUCAGACGGAGUUUUAGGUUGCGGUGGAUUUGUAAAAUCCGACGUAGAUAUAAAUUUUUCCUUGGUAGAGGUUAAACUCUACACAACCCAUGGUAGCAUUAAGUACCAGACAGACUGUGCCCCUAACACAGGAUACUAUCUGAUUCCUCUCUAUGAGAAGGCUGACUUCAUUCUGAAAGUAGAACCACCCAAAGGAUGGAGCUUUGAGCCAGAAAAUUACAGUCUGAAAGUAGAUGGGGAAACAGAUAAAUGUAGCCUUGGGGAAGACAUCAACUUCAGAUUCACAGGAUUCACUGUUUCAGGAAAGGUGAUCAGUAAGGGCCAGUCUGAUGGUCCAGCAGGGGUCACUGUGACCUUGAUAAAGACGGGCACCACCUCUGUCAUUCAGACCACCACCACCAGUGAUGGGGGUGCCUACUCAUUUUCCAAGGUGAUGCCGGAGGACUACACAGUGCAAGCCACCUCUGCUGGUUACAAAUUUUCAAAGAGCCAGGUCAAGUUCACCGUGAAGAAUGACAACAUCAACGUGGUGGAGUCCAUGGUGAUAUCUGGAUACCAAGUCACUGGUCGUGUGCAGAGUGAAGGUGAAGCCAUCAAGGGAGUUAACUUCAUUCUUUUCUCAAAACAAUUCAAAAAAGAGGAUGUCUCUGACUGCAACAAAGACAUUCCGUCCAGCUUCAGCCAUUCCGAGUCUGUCCCUCCCCUCUGUUUUGUGGUCUCCAGAGAUGAUGGAUCGUUCACUUUUCCCUCGCUGCCAGUCGGAGAUUUCUUCAUCUUACCAUUUUAUAAAGGAGAACACAUUCGUUUUGACGUGGCCCCAGGCAAACUGGACUUCCGUGUUCCUCACAGUCCCUUUACUAUACCGGAGGUAUUCCAAGUGAAAGGGUUUUCUGUAACUGGAAGAGUUCUAGAGGCAGCCAAGGGAAAUGGUGUAGUUGGAGCAAAAAUUUUGAUUGACGGUAAACAGCAGACGAAAACAGUAGGUGGUGGGAUGUACCACUUGGAGAACAUGAAAACAGGGACGUAUAGGAUCCAAGUACAAAUAGAGAAUGUGUUCUUUGAUGAGAUCAAUGUUAAGAUUACACCCAACACCCCUCAAAUACAGGACAUCAUUGCAUCAGGAUUUCACAUGUGUGGCCAGAUUGUCAUCGAGAAAAUACCAGAGAGUGUACAGGGGUCUGCUAAGAGACGUGUUAUAUACUACCCUGAGGGGAAGGGUUCGGAUGCUGAGUCUAUUCUGACUGACAAUGAGAGUAAAUUCUGCACACAGGUUAAACCAGGAAAAUAUGUUAUCAAGGUACACUUGACAGAAGAAGAGACGAAAGCAGGCCUACAGUUGGUUCCCAGUGAAAAACAAAUCACAAUACAGAAUGCCCCAGUCCUGGAUAUUGUGUUCUCUCAGUUCAGGGCCAAAUUAUCAGGAUCCAUCAAAUGUUUGGAGAAGUGUGGAGGAAUGGAGGUUUCUCUGAGUGCAGUCAGCAGGGGAGACAGUAAACAGAUCACUCAGGCCAAGGAAGGUUCAAAAGAGACUGUGUUCCAGUUUGAAAAUGUUCUACCAGGCAAAUACAAAGUGACCCUUCUUCAUGACACGUGGUGCUGGAAAGACAAGACUUUGGAGAUUGAAGUCAAGAGUAGUGAUGUCACUAACGUGGAUUUCACCCAGACUGGGUAUAUCCUGAAAUGUACGAUCUCGCAUGAAAUCAUACUGCAUUUUGCACAUGAGAAGAAGGCGGGGUCUGUAGGGUCUUUCAACUUGAAUAAAGGCACAAAUCGAUUUUGUUUGGCACAGCCUGGCGUUUACAAUCUGAGACCAGACUCCUGUCACAAGUUUGAAAAAGAAGAAUACAUUUACGACACUGGUAACCCAGAGUUACUGGCCCUGACAGCAGUAACACAUCUUGUGGAGGGCACAGUUACAGCCGAAGAAAAGGUUAAAGAUAUCAUGAUAGAUAUCUCGUCCAGUAUGGACACGGAGACAUUGUCUUUGGGUCCUCUCACCGUCAUAGAGGAAACUAAAGGAACCUUCGUAUACAAGUUCCAGCAUUUGGCAAGAUCUAAUGAGAAGAUGAUGUUCGCUGUCAAAUCUAAGGAGCUGUUGUUCAGCCCAGGUUCAGUGGAGGUUAUGGUUGUAGGUGACACCUGCCCUGGGGAGGCAGUGAAGUUUGUCGGGAAGAGAGGGAUGUUUAUCAUAGGAAGCAUUAAACCCAAACUGGCAGGAGUCACAGUGACUGUCAGCCAUGUAGACGGCACGGCAGAUCCCAUCGUUGUAGAAACACCAGAGUCGGGAGAGUUCAAAAUUGGUCCUCUACACCGAGAAAAAGAAUACGCAGUGGCCGCAGAGAAGGCAGGGUACAUACUGGAGAAAGAGAAAGAGGAGCCUUUGGUAUUCACAGCGUCCAAGCUGGGGGAAAUCUCGGUUCAGGUUGUAGAUGAGGACAAUAAGCCACUGUCUGACGUCCUGCUGUCAUUAAGUGGUGGCAAGGAGUACCGCAGCAACAACGUCACCGGAGAAAAUGGAACCAUUGUGUUCAUUGGUCUGAGUCCCAGCCAGUAUUACCUGCGUCCAAUGAUGAAGGAGUACAAGUUUGAGCCAAAUUCCCAGAUUAUUGAUGUUUUGGAGGGAACCACCAUGAAGAUCAACAUUAAAGGAGUUCGUGUCGCCUUUAGUUGCUAUGGUUCUGUGACAUCACUGAAUGGUGAAGCAGAACAAGGAGUGAUUGUGGAAGCGGUGGGGGACAAACCAGAGUGUAACCAGGAAGAGAGCAAAACGGACUCGACUGGCUCCUACCGGAUCAGGGGACUGCAGCCAAAGUGUACAUAUCAGAUUCGUUUGAAAUCUGAGGUCAAUCCACACAUUGAAAAAGCUGCCCCACAAUUCCACGAACUGCUGGUGGAGAAGUCUGAUUUCACCAGCAUUAACAUCAUUGCUUUCCGUCGUAACAACCAGAUGGACAUCACUGGAAAUGUGGUCACUGCAGACGAAUUCCUCUCACAUCUCAAGGUGCGCCUGUAUCGAGAUGACAACCCUGAUUCUCCAAUACACACAUCUAACCUCGGCCCUGUGUCUUUCUUCUAUCUGCCGUCACUACAGAUGACGAACGAGAAAUACUUGAUUCGACUGGAGAGUACCCUGUCUAGAGCGGCAUACGAGUAUGAAUUAACGGAGAUCAGCUUCCAGACCAACAAGUCCUAUAAACACUUCACAUUCCAUUUCACGCCGAAGAGGAAAUCUUUAGAUCAAGAGCUGAGCCAGGGUUCUGUGUUGGCCCUACCAUUGGCAAUCAUUUUGGGAGUGGCCAUUUAUAAUUACCAAAAGUUAUUGCCAGUUUUAUCAAAAACCAUGAUCCAGGCCAAGACUUUAAUCGCCGCCAGUCAGAGCGAUCUCGCCAGUAGCAAUGGGUCCAGUGAGCCAACCACAUACUCUGCGGGGUUCACAGAGUCAUCUAAAAAGAAAAAUAAGCCAAGAAAAACAUGAUGUUCAUCUAAAGCUUAGCUACAUAAUAUGAUGAUAAAGAAAAAAAAAAUUAUUUCAAUUUUCAAAUCCAGAUCUGUAAAUUCCUUGACAACAGUGACAGGCUUGAUAAAUGAUUGGUUGAGAUUAUGUGAAUUUACAGAUUGUGUAUUCAAAGGUUAUAGUACUGUCCAAGUUUUUUUAACUAGGUAUAGACAUUGAUUGAAAACAAUAUUUCUUCUACUACUACAUUCCUGAAUAUAGGUACAAUACUAUCCAUUCUUAUCCCAUACAAGGAAUUCCAGAUUUAGUAGUGAUAUUCUGUGAAGUUACUAUUUGUAUAAUGCAUUUGGGGGGUAUCAAAUUUCAAUUCUUAAACAUAUUUUUUCAGAUACAUUGUAUAAUUAACAUGUGCAUGUAAGAAGAGUGAUUUCUGGGGUUUGAUGUUUCAGCUAAGCAAUCCUGUAAAACAGACAGUUUUUGACUGCAUAGUGGGUGGGAUUUUUUUUGGGGGGGGGGGGGACAUGUGUGUGUGCAAUAGUUGAACUAUAUGUUGUGUUAGAUAGUGAACAAAAGGCUUUAAUGUCAUACAUGUGAUUGUGUAUUGUAGUACUGGAAAUCUGAAAGAUGGAUGUUGAAUAUUGUUUAAAGGUGUAUUCUUUUGGAUCAUUAUUUUAAGGGUUCUGAGGUAAGGCAAUCAAUUUUGAACAAAAUGCUUAUAUUGUGGUACAUGUAUGAUAGUAAUAUCAUACCAUGUGUCUUCUCAACCACUUGUACUGACAUAAGCUUACAGCUUAUAAUUCACUGACUGUUAGUUUUAUAGUUUUAGAAAUGAUAUCACAUGUAGCUUUUCCCGUCAUGUAUUCCAGAAUCUUAUUUUUCCCACAGACAGUGUAACAGUCUGUGGGGGAACCUGAAUUUAAAAAAAAAAUUCCAGAUUUUUUUCUUCUUUUUUUUGUUUCUCUCUCUCAUGAAUCAAGGUAACUUGUAAAUUGUGAAUUUGAUAACUGUUUGGAUGGUCCGUGUGUGUAUGAAUGUCGUAUUUAUCCUAAGAAUGUGCAUUUUAGUCGUGGACUUUCUGCUCCACGUACCCACUUUGAUUUGUAUAAUGCGCCAUCAUGAACUUUUUUAAAUUAUGUAUUAACCAUGCAUUAUUCAGAGAGGAUGCAAUAUUUUGAUAGAAGAUUUGUAACUCAAUGUUCAUCUUGAAAUGCAUACUGAGUAUAAAUAAAUCAUCUUAAUAAGUAUA